CAUAAUUGUAUAAUAAUAUACAACAUAAAAAUUUCGAUGUAUAUACGUCAACAUAAUCCAAUAACUCUAAAAAUUCUUUUCUUUUCUUGCAGAUUGAUCAGUCGAACGUGAGCCUUUCAAGCGGCCAAAAGGUUCUUCCAACGAGGAAGAAUCCCGGCUAAAGGGGCGCUUAGAGAGCGAAGGGAGACAUCACCACGUUAUCGCGCGUACGCAGAAAAAGUGAGAAGGAAUAAUGGCGGGCGAGGAUACACAGAUAUUAUCAAACGGCAACGUGGAGGCUCUCACGAUCAUCCCGCCGAAGAUGACGAACGGAAACGGGCUGAUCUGCGGCGACAAGCAGCACAACAACAACGGCUCGAUUCCGAAUGGGAAGUUACACGGCGGAAUCGGCGGCACGGAGAACGGCAAUCUGAUCGUGCCGGAUGAGAGGUCGAGCAGCCUUCACACGGAGUUCGACGACGCCGACGUAUCCUGUGGAUGGGGUCCUUGCAGGCCCCACUGGCUACAAUACUUCGCCACGAAACAAGCCUUCCUAGUGACCUUCUGCCUCACCUGGGUGCUUCAGGGUAUGUACUACACGUACUUUGUCUCCGUCAUCACGACAAUAGAGAAGCUCUUCCAAAUCCAGUCGAAGACGACGGGCAUUAUCAUGUCGGCCACGGAGAUCGGUCAGAUCGGGUCCUCCUUGUUACUGACGUAUUAUGGCGGCCAAGGUCACCGGCCCAAGUGGAUAGCCUGGGGCAUGAUCCUCUUCGCCGUGAGCUCGUUCACCUGCUCGAUACCCCACUUUAUCUUUGGCGAACAGCUGAUCCUUCAGAACGAGAUGCUGUUCAGCGGCGUCGGGCCCGGCGCCGAGGGCCACGGGCUCAACAGCUCGUACCCGGUACCGGCGAAUCUCUGCAAGUUCCAGGAAAGAAACAACACGUUGGACGGGUGGAACAUGUCGACGAUCGCGCCCCAGACCGAUUCGACGGAAUACUGCAAGGGCGAUUUUCUUAUGGAGCAGAGAAUACAAAGCAAGAUAACCACGGUGGUGCUUGCGAUAUUUUUCGUAUCCUUACUCGGUGUAGGAAUGGGUCAAACGGCGGUGUACACCCUCGGUAUACCGUACAUCGAUGAUAAUGUAGCCAGCAGAGAGAGCCCCUUGUAUUUCGCGAUCACUAUCGGAGUACGGAUACUCGGUCCAGCAUUAGGCUUCAUUCUCGGUUCCUUGUGCACGAUGGUCUACGCGGAUUUGUCGAGAAACCCGCAAAUUACACCAUCGGAUCCAAGAUGGGUUGGUGCGUGGUGGCUUGGUUUAGUCCUUAUAUCGGCGAUGUUGAUGAUUGUCAGCAUAGGAAUGUUCGCGUUCCCGACCCGUUUGCCGGCGAGCCGCACUCCGCCACGACGAUCAGAUACGCAAAAACCAAGCCUGCGAGACUUUCCCAGCGCUGUAAAGAGGCUGUUGAAGAACGACAUUCUGAUGUUCAGAACCGCAAGUAGUGUAUUACACAUCCUGCCGAUCGCCGGUCUCUAUACCUUCCUGCCGAAGUACCUCGAGAGCCAAUUUCGCCUGCCAGCUCAUCAUGCGAACAUGAUCUCAGGCGUUGGCGGGAUCCUAGUGAUGGGAUUGGGUAUCAUAAUUAGCGGCGUGUUUAUCUUGAGGGCGAAGCCUAAUGCCAGAUUCGUCGCAGCCUGGAUCGCCUUCACCGCGGUCGUUUACGCGAUCGGCAUGGGUGUGCUAAUGUUUAUUGGUUGUCCGAUGGACGACUUCGCCGGACUCGUGUCAUAUCCCGACGGACUCUCCAGCUUCGAGCCGACCUGCGACGCUACCUGCGACUGCGAUCGGAACAAAUUCAGUCCAAUCUGCGGCGCCGACGGUAGAACGUAUUUCUCCGCGUGUCACGCGGGCUGCUCGAAUUAUACGGUUGCUGACGGCAAAGUGGCAUCGUUCUACAAUUGCCAGUGCAUCGUACAGAACGUAACGAUACCGGAAGUAGUGAGCACGGCGUCGAUCGGUUACUGUCAACUGGAGUGCAGUAACUUUUGGGUUUACAUGAUCCUGUUCUCAGUCUUCGUUUUCAUCCACUCCACGAGCGAGGUGGGCUCUAUGCUGCUCAUUCUGCGAUGCGUGGAUCCCAGGGACAAGGCCAUGGCACUCGGCCUGAUACAGUUCGCCAUCGGCUUGUUCGGCAAUGUUCCGUGUCCUAUCGUUUAUGGUGCUGUAGUGGAUUCCGCUUGUCUCGUAUGGGAAUACGCUUGCGGUGAGCGAGGCGCCUGUUGGCUUUACGAUUCGAACGUCUUUAGAAUGUUCUAUCACGGUACGACGGGCGGUAUCCUCUUGUUGGCCUUCGUGGUGGAUAUAGUCGUCUGGUACAAGGCCGGGAGCAUAAGCUUCGUGGAGGAACAGGAGGGCGAGACAGGUACUGCGGAGGAAAUGGCGACGUUAAAAUCGCAGGACGCUCAAGCGGUCGAGAACGACUAUUUGUGAAGGUUUCGUAUUACUCUUUUGCGGUGAAGGGCCGCGACGGCGACAUUAUCAUCGUCGUCGCCGUCGUCGUCUAAGGAUGCAACGCAGUGUCGUAGGAUACACAGGGGCAUCGUCCUUCACGAGUGGUGCCAGUACAGCUCGUCGUGCUUCCCAGAGUCGGCGAGCGAUCGGCUUGCCGACGAUUACGCGCAUCAGAACGGAACUUUCCUUGAGAGAGUUCCGUACUGAUGGGCGGGAAGUCUAGUCCCUCUUGUCCCUCAACGCAUCCGAGCAUAAAGAAGCGGACUUGGCGUAAAUCAUAGCAAGACUGAAGUCGAAGGGCGCCUCGGGCGAUUUUCAUUCGGUGACUCGGAGGACCAAGGCUCAGUUAUGCGACGAGCGGGAAGAGAACUUAAAUCUAGAGUAUUCUAGAGCGUAAUUAAAAGUAAUUAAAAGUAAUUAACGUACUACAUAUAGGGAAGAACGAAGACACGGAAGAAAGGGGCGGCAUACGAUUCGUCUGAGCAUCACAACGUAUAAUAUAAGUCUCUUGAGUGCGCCUUGGAAAAGUUAGUAGGGUUUCUCUCUCAGGGAGGCUUAUCAGUAAGUACACGCAAUAAAAGUAAUACUUCCGUGCCUACGAAAUGACGGCGCUUGCGGCGAGCACGCGGCCCGCCGCGCCGCACCGACAGAUCUGGGGAAUCGAAUCGAAUCAAAGCACACGAGCGGCCUCGCGGGUGGUGAAUGCGGUUCGCAUGGACAGACAGUGAGGGAUCACCUCGUGCUUUGCACCGGCGUUGAUUAGUAUAUGACGACGUUGACGCGUGCACACGUUAUCUAACUCUCUAACGGUAACGUUCGUUUGCCGUGACGCGAAAGAAAAUGCGGGGCACUUACGUAGGUUGUAGACGUAGGGUUUGUUUCUUUCAUUUAGUUAAGAUUUCGUGAAAAUUUUAUUACUUAAGGAAGGAGGUUGCAAUCAAAGCCAAGGGACAUUACUAGUUUGCGGUAUUACCUCAUAUUUCAAAGUUGCAACAAUAAGAAAGUGUUUUAAUUGAAAGGUGACGUAUGAUUUGUCAGAAUUGUGAAAUUUAUGAAGAGUACAAUUUAUUAAAUGUACGGUAACAUAUACAGUUUUAAAUAGUGAGAAGUACCAAAUGUGAUGUCAAGCUGAAGCGCUGAUUGUUGAACUCCGAUGUCUGAACGGACAAGGCAACUAUUAAUUUAGAAGAAGAACUUGCUGCUCUUUCAAAACAUAUUUGGUUAAUUAACGGCUGUGGAAAAGACUUUAUUGUAUUGGUGUAUUAUAUUUUUAGCAGAUUUUAUUGCUAUUAUAACAACAAAAAAUUAUGAGCAUUGAAAUAGAUUUAGAUUUGUAUAUCGCAAGCACGUAUUGAACUUUCCAUUAUUAUUUAUUAAUUACAAAUUAAUAAUGAAAUCAGUUGAAUUUUAUAUUAAAAUUCACACGGUAUCAAAUAUAUUCCAUAUACAAUAUUACUUUGAACUUUUUAAAAGAUUUCUUGUUUUAAUAAAUAACGCGAAAUAUAAAUGUUUUAAAAACCUCGGAGAACUUGGGUAUCCAAAAAGUAAAAAUAUAAUACAGAAAAACGCGAUUGUGCGAACGCAAUAGAAAUAUUUAUCAAAAGCUGGGACAUUUUGUGCUAAAUUGUUUAGGUCAGCGAAAUUUUUAGCAUUGGAGGAACUGCAACGCAAUUUAUCAUUAAUAUAUCUACGGUGAGAUCAACAUUAGAAAUCCAGUAGGGAGUUGCUGAGUUUUCGCCAGGCAUUAAAGUCUAAAGCUCGAGCAAAUAAGCACAGUUGAUAGGCCCUGUAUUUUCUUUUAAAGGCUAACGUAUGGUGUGUUACGUGUCUCGUGCGUGAUCGUCUCCGAAAACACGUAGAAUGUAUUGUAAAACAGACGGAGGAAAACUCGUCGAUCAUUCCAUCGAUGAAUCGUUGCGACAGGGAGGAUCCUUCUUCACGAUUGGAAUGCAUAAAGAGCAGAUAAAGGACAUGUAAUUAUAUACGUGUAAAAAGUGUAUACUUGGCGUACGUACAAGUACAUAAUGUACAGCUUAAAUCAUCUCGAUUCUGGUCAGUCGGUUCUCGGCCGCUCACAAACGAACGUAUGCGCUUCGGGUGUGCUCGCGUGCACUCGUGUGCACCUCUGCUUUAAUCCUUGCGUGUAUUCUCUCUAUUGAUGUUUCGAAAAAAGUCAUUGCGAUGACUGAUGCGUCAGGUUUUCGCGCGGGCGCCUCGCGGAGGUAAACAUUAUUAAACCGCGAGGCGUUACGGGAACGAAGCGCCGAGCAAGCGAUACAGAUCUAAACUGCAACUCGUAAAUUUUUGAAAAAAGCCUACAGAAAAUCUCUAAUCGAAUUAGAAUGUUUUUUUAUUGCUUCAAAUAUCGCUAUCGGGGAAAACAAUGUGCGCCACUUGAUUUCUUGUCCAAGCUCGAACGAUGGCUAAUUAACAAUUGUUGAUUGACAGCUGAAGAUCGGCAGUGUAACAGUGAUUGUGGAAAUAUCUCGAAACAAUUGUGUUUAAAAUUGACAUAUUUGCGUAUAAUUUUUAGAAUCGUAAACGCGCUCUAGAUCUCUAGAUCUUCUCGAUGCUUCUCAAAUAUUAUACAAAUGCUGCUUAUUUAAAGAUAAAUAGUGGAUUAAAAACUAUCAAGUGUAAAGUAAGCAUAGUGUGCGUCGUUAAAAUCAGAAAUGUAGAAAUAGCGAGAUAAUAUUGUAAGUUACGUGGUAUAAUAUGCUAAGGAUUAACGCAGCAAACGACUACCUCCUAAUACAUUGUACAUCUCGUUAUUGUUAAAACAGAGCUCAUUGUCAAUAACUCGGUUCGAGACUUUGCAAGAACGUGAAAGACUAACUCACUGCAUCGAAAGAUUAAUUAUUUACCUCGAUGCCGGUGACUGUUUUGACAAUAAUUCGCGACGUACGGGCGAAAUUCGAGUAUGCUCUAUAAAUUAGCGAUAUAUUUUUAUGUAUGUAAGAAUGUCGCGUCCUUGAAACACGAAGACGUUCGUUUUGAGCGGCCCGGAACAUCCUCGUUCCUUUUACACAGUUCUCGAUUUGCGCUAUUAUUAGAGUCCCGAGCGAUAUAUUAUCUAAAUAAAAUUUCGCGAGAGGAAAGAAGCUUUUAAUUUAACUCAGUAAACUUCGUACAUUGUUCGACAUUUUUUUGUAUCUGUGAAUUAAUCACGGAAAUGCAUUUAAAAAUGAUCUCCGUAUUACUCGGCAAUUUUCCUGAUACUCGUAUUACUGAGGUAAAGAAUUGUGUGUAUAGUUUAUUUUACAUAAAUAUUAUGUCAAAUAAAUUUCGAAAAGUACAACUUUACUAAGAACGAAAGUUGAAAGUUUAGUAAACUUACACGGAGAGAAUUUUCUCUCGAAAUUUAUCCUGAAAAUCGUGUAAUUGUGGAACAACGUGGCAU